CUGGAGGGGGGUGGGGGAUAGAGGGACUUUGUUCUUUUAAAACAAAAACUCAGACCAACCUACUGUUACUGUUGUAUGUACUAAGAAAGAGAAAAAGCAUGUGUUGUAAAAUGUGACAAGUUUCGUAGAUUGCUGCUUUCUCGGCACACUAGUUGCUCACAACAAAAAAAAAAAAGAAAGAAGAAAAUAAACUGAAGCUACUUUUAUUUCCAUGGAUCACAUGAGGGGGGAAAACAAGUUUAGUCUUCAUUUGAUCUGCUCACACAAAAAUAAAACCACAGAACAGUCUCUGAUAAAUCCAAAGAACGUACACUUAAAAAAAAAAUCGACAUACUAGAUGUGAAGCUUAAUCUUUGUGUAGAGCCUAAUCUUCCUUAAGCAGUCACCCACAUCCUCCCGUAUAAAUUGAAGACAUUAAUCCUUUUCCUCCUCCACAAUUCUUAAGCUGGUAAAUCUGGACGUGGACUAAGCAGAGAGUUUUUAAUAUAAUCGAAAAGUUAAUUUGUAUAGUGCAGUAUCCCAGCUAACGUGCAAGCUCCUUGUGUUGAACAGUAUUCACAAAGGUCUAUAUGAUGUAAAACAAAGAGCAAUGCUAAGACUAGCUGUGUUUUGGUAGUAAAGAGUGAUCACUGUAGGUUUAAUGGGGGGGGGACUGGUGUUUUACGCCGUGCCAGCAACUGAGGCUAUAUUACGGCAAGGCAGCCAGCUCUGUAAAGAGAUGCCGUAGGUUUAAUGGACACAUAUCCAAAAAAGCAAGAGCUAGGAUAAAAUGGAGAAGUGACAUCACAAUAAACAGCAAAAAUGUGAUAUGAACCGCUAUAUUAAUAUUUACUUCAAAUGAGAUCUGAAGUAAAAUUCCAGUGAUUUAGAGGGUUAAAUGGUCAGUAACUGCUAAAUGACUCUACCCUGUGAAAAGGUUGAGCCAAACAUUCUGCCUUUUAACAUCAUGUUUCACUAUAUAAUGAAAAGAGCAGGCAACUGGAUCAGACAGAAUUUAAACCCAAGAUCAUCUGCUCUCCAGGUUAAAUACUAACCUUCUUGUGACUCUAAGAUUCCAAACAGAUCUCACUUCACAAAUGACUGCAAUGUCAAGAACUAUUGGUCAUCCCCAUAUUUUUCACCUCUGGACUAUAUUCCAUAAAAUGUACCUUGAAAAAUUCACUCAUUAAUUCUGGAAGCUGUAAUGAAUAAAGACAUAAUUUACAUUAUGUGCCUUCAUCCCACUGCAUUAAUAGUUAACAUGACUAUUAAAAAUAAAAUGUAACAUGAACGGCGCUGUCUUGGUCAGUUCGACUGGAUCACAGAUGAAACGUUUCUGAAAGCACUAUGUAUUAACUGAUGUUGUCCGAUUUACCAUCCAUACACGGGUCUGCCGAAUCGGAAGCUGCACCAGCAUCUGUGUACAACACCCUCACAGUUAAGGAGCAGAUUUCACAACACACGAUGUCAUAAUGAAACUUUGCUUCUGCCUCACUCAGUAUGAAGUCGCCACCACAUCGACACGGAUAACAGUAGGAGCAACAAGAUUCUAUCAAUUCGAACUCAGAGAAUUCCACCUCUUCUUGAACAGGCAGAUCCUGAACAAGGCAUCGUUCUUUCCAACGUGCGUCGUAUUCUCGCCGAAGAACAGGGUUUCCCAAAACGUCCCACGCCCUUUUCAACUUUAUAAAAGCAGCACUGUCUUCGGAACGCGAUUUGUCCGGAUGAAAUUUUAAAACAAGAUUCACAUAACAACGUUUUACUUCCUCCUGCGACACAGACGGAUCACAUUCAAGAAUGUCAUAUAAAUUCUCCAUGCCGACGUCUGUCAAGACUACCAGGUGUUAGACCGGAAGUGCAUAAUGUAAACGUGUUUCAAUUUUUAUCGAUAGGUUUAGACUUUUGAGGUCCGAAUAAGGGGAGAAGUAUAACUUAUUUUUACUACUUGUCUUUAUAAUUUGACAAACAAAGAUGAAAUAAACUCCAGUAAAUUGAAUAGUAUUGUCUUUAGUGGUUUAGUAAUAUUUUCAAAAGUUUGUUCCUGAAAGCAUGAAAAGAUUCUGUCCAUUUCCCUGAGAAGACCUUACAAGGGUGCAUCAUGUUAAAGUCACGGUCAAGGUCGCUGAGGAGUUGCAUUUUCUGAUUUCCGUCGGUUGGACUCGAUCGCCUUAAAUGGAUCAAGCGAAACGAAAAUUGCUGUCUGUCAAAAGCGUCACCGGUGAAUUGGGUGCAGCUUGUCAAACUUAUCACUAAGAUCUUUGAUAGAAGGCCAUAAUCCAACAUGACGUGUUUUUAGCUUGUUUUUCUCACUUGGUCGUAUCGACUGUGAGCCAGCGUUAUGAGGACAGCUUACCUUUCGUUGGCACCAUCUCUUCACAGACAAUACUACGUCAGCGCAAGUAUUUCAAAGAUGCAACAGACGUUUGAUUAAAAGAAAAAUACCGGGUUUUUUUUCCACAGAAGACACUGGAAAUAAAAUCAUUGAGUUUUCUCUGCCCAUAUUGUUAUCAUGUGGACCGCUGUACAUCGCUUCUGUAAGAACAUCAUCCCCAUCAUGCCAGAAUAUUCCAGGGUCAAUCACUCAACCGUGUGCCAUUAUUUUAUAGCACAUUUUCAGGGAAUCACAUUACUGUGAUUCUUAAAUACAGCAUUAGCUGUUUUACAUGGUAUUUCGGGAGUUCACAAGUGUGUCUUUGUUUCUAAAUGAAUAUUUAGUCACCGCCUGUUUCCAUGUGUGCAGUUACCCACUGGAAAGCAUUUGAAAUUAAAAGGAUGGAAUUUUCAGAGCCACAUUUGGACAUGUCAGAAUCAGACAGUCUUGGCUUGAGUCUGAUGCUAGAUCCACCUGCAGACAAAAAUAUUCUUGGAUCAGAAGUGGACAGCACUUGUCAACAAGCAGGAGACUUGUGCAAAGAAUUCUCUCCAAGCUCGUCAGAAUGUCCAUUUGCUAAUUUGCCACUUUUUGGUGAAUGUGGCCUUGAAUUGUCCCAAGAUUGUGGUUCAGAUAUAUCAGAAACAACUGACAGUACACCGGAAAAGAAUGUUGUUAAACAAGAUCACGAAAGUGAUAGUCAUACAAAGACAUCACUGAAGAAGAAAAGAAAGAAAAUGACUGAAAGAGGAAAGGAAAAAAAUCAAAAGAAGUUAAAGGUGGCUGAGAAGCCAUUCAAGUGUCCAGUCUGCAAUAAAAGUUUUUCUCACAAUUCAAAUGCAACCACUCACCUCAAACGACAUGGUGAUAAGCCAUUUAAAUGUCAAGAAUGUGAUAAAAGAUUUGCAUUAAGUGUUAACUAUGAGGCACACAUGCGUUUUCACAAUGGUAUUAAGCCAUACAAAUGCGAGCAAUGUGGAAAAUCUUUCUCUUGGAGUGGUGGCUACCAUCGUCAUCAACGAAUCCACUCUGGUGUCAAGCCUUACAUUUGCACAGAUUGCGGCAAGGAGUUCUCGGAUAUUGGAAACUACAACAAUCAUCGCCGGAUACACACUGGAGAAAGGCCUCAUGUAUGCCGUGAGUGUGGAAAGGGAUUUUCUCGCAGUGACUCCCUCAACCGUCACAUGAUCACGCAUUCCCAUGUUAAGAUGUUUGAGUGCACUCAGUGUGGGCAGGAGUUUAAGCAUCUAGAGAGUCUUAAUAAGCACUGCAAGCGGGUGCAUGAUGGCUUAAAACCACUGAAACGUGAUGAAUGUCUGAAGCCAAAUCACAACUCGGUGUCUAGCACUAGGAGAGGUCGAAUUAAAGACUAAAAAUCGUGUUUGUAUACUUGUAAGUAGUGUCAGAGCAUUUGCACUCAUGUAUAGUAAUAUAAUAGUGAGAAAUCUUAAUUGUUGUUUUAAGAAGCAGAUUUGCUUGUUUGCUACCUUGUGGCAGUAUUAUGGAUGUUGUUUAGUGUACAUGGGGCAAUCUCUGAAUAAAAAAGAUAUUAAAGUUGCUUUGAACUGUUUCAUAGCAGGUAGAAAAAAAUUUCAGUCCUUAAUGCUUAUUUUGUUAUAAAUUAGUAAGGAUACAUUUUAUUGUACAAAUGAAAGAAUAUAAUAUAUGUAAUAAAUUAUUAUUAUUAAAUGAAGGAAUAGCAUAAAGGCUUAUCACAUAUUGUCAUUUAUAUGUUAAGUAUGGUAGAACAAUGACCAUGGUGCUGCAGUGUCUGAAUGAAGAUGGUGAGAAAUACUAUACACCAAAUUAUUUUUCACUACAGCUUACAAACGCUUUUAUUUUCCUUUUUUUUAUUUUUUUAAUUAUGAGAACUGGCUUUUUUGUUUGCCUUUUGGGAGUUGCAAUCAUGAAGUCUGCAUCAUCUGUCUCUACUCACUGAAUAUAUUUUUGGAGUGUAUGAUAUUUGUGUAUUCCUUUUGAAAAGGAAGGUGUUCUAACAACUUUUGUGAUCCAGGAUUUUCUUUGGUAAAUGUGGUUUUUACAUAUGGAUGAAUUUUGGCUUUUUCAUGCACUGAGAUGAUAGAGGUACCAUUUUUAAUUACUACUUUCUUUAUAGCAAGAUGUAUCUGAAAUGGCAUGGUGGAUUGGAAUUGUGUCUGUUUUAAAAUCAUUGCUUGUUGCUGUUAAAAAACUAAACAAAGCCAUUGUUUUAUAUCUUAAAAUGUGGAAGAAGUGUCACACCAAGGGAGAUGAUUCUGUAUGUUGUAUUCAUUUAUUGCAAUCAGAAUACAUGAGCAUCAACAGUUUAAAGCAGUGAAGAUGAAUACUAAGAUACAUGCAAGAUGAUGCAGUUCUUACUAUUUUCAGUACUUUUGAAGCUAAUGUUAUUUGUGUUGAAUAAUUCAUCACAAAUAUCUUCAAUAAGACAGAAGUUGGAUGCAUUAACACAGCUAGUAUACCUGUGUGUAUGAAUGUGGAAAAUUUUCAAACUCAAAAUGAUUCUAAAAUAUUCACAACACAGCUUUUGUUGUAAUCACAAUGUUUAGUAGUGGUAUUUCCAGGUGAUGAAAGGUAUUUAUUUGACUUACGUUGAUAACUGUCUUCUUGUCCAUUUAUCAUUUGUAAUUUUUUAACCUUCUCUGAAACUAGUCUUAGUUAUCUGAUAUUUGAGAUGCACACUUCUUAUUAAACCUCUUUGUGUGUUGUGGGGGAGAUGGAGGAGGUUGAAGGUGGAGAGUAGGCUAGAGGUAGUGAGAUAGAUGAUUUUUUGGAAACAGUACAUGGUGAUACAAAGGUUGUGUGCAGAUUUCUCAAAGGACCCCGAAGAACAGUCUUAGAACGUCAUGCCAGGUUAUGUAGCUUGCACUAUUUGACUGUUGCUGGCAGUCUUGUAAAGUGGCGACCAUGCUCCAUACAGUCAUUGGUUUUGCCAUUAAGAGACUUGGAGCAGCCUCUUCACACACAUUCUUGCUUGUCUGUAUUCUCUUUGACUAUAUAUAUAUUGCAUUUAAGUCACACACAACUUUUACCAUUCUGUAAAUGCAGGAAUGAGAAAUAUUUUGCUACAAUAAUUGUUUAUUCUUUCUUUUAUUUGUUCAGAGCUUGCAUUUAGCUUGCCACUGCUAAAACUGCAUGGAAGCAUAACAAAGAACACAACUCUUUGUCUUGUAGCAAGACCAUUUUGUUUUUGGCAUUGUUUUGUUUUUGUAGGUGCCAGUAAAAUGUGAGUGUUGGUAUUAUGAGAACUUUAUGUAUAGGUUUAUAUUCACUCACAAUACAUUACAAAAUCUACAUUUGACAAAGAGGAUUCUUUUGCCAUAGGUUGGUGGGCUCAGAUAAAGUGUAUACAUUUUUUUCCUUUGUUAAACAUCUUUGGUCAGGCUUUUUGUGAUAGUUGAUUGUUACAUGUGGAUGUAAUGCUGUUGAAUGUGGAUGUAAUAUUUAUUGUUACAAUCACCUGCCUUGGACUGAUGAUGAUUUAAUAUUUAUUAUCAGAUAAUGUAUCUGAUGAAUACCUUGAAUUUUUUUUUUGCCAGGCAUUUUGUAUGAAUGAGUGAUUUUGUAUAAGAUUGUGGUUUGAAAUUUAAAAUUGGUAUCACUCUAAAAUAAUACUUAAAUGAGUUAAAUAAAAAUAAAGGUGUUAUGUGUUGGUCUGGCUGCAUCAUAUGACGAGAAAGAUUUAUGUACAGAUCUUAAAAUGCUUGACAGCUUGAGAAGAUGCCACUAGAACACCUAGAUUUUUGCUCAGAUUCACCAUUAGCUAGACUAGCAAGACUUUUUGUUUAAGUUUUGGCUUCACAUAAGCUGAAUGAUUGGUAUGCAUCAAGUAGAAGAACCAAACACAUGACGCACACUGCAGAUUUUAAUAUAACGUUACUGUUUAAAAACAGCAGACAUCAAAAGUCAAGACUUUGUUAUUGAUAAACGUCCAUGUGUUAUGAUAUUUUGCUUGUAAGAAAUGUUUAUUAUGAUAAAAGCUUAAUAUUAUACUUUGUAAAAUCUACAUACCUGUAAAACUUACUUUCAAACUGUGAUGUACAUUUUGUCACAUGUAUGGCAUUAAUUCUGAGAAGAGUAUGGUGUUCCACCAGUGUUCAGUACGCACUUUGAUAUUAUCGACUGAUCCCAGCUCACUCAGCAUUUAUUCAUUAUUUAUCUGCAGCAUAUGGUAUGUUUUUGAAAAAUAUUGCUUUAUGUAUCAUCAUAUGAAGAACAAUGUGUAAUGAAACCAUUCAGUCUUUUCCUUAUGGUAAUGUAAUAUUGUUGUGUCAUGUGAUAUUCUGUUGGAUAUAGCUACAUUGUCCACUUACAAGGCACUUGAUGUGAACAUUCAUGGGAGACUGAACGUAUUACUAUCACCAAUAGAAUAAACUGUCAACGUGUUUGGUGGUCAGGUGUAGAUGUUGAAAUAAUGCCUUCAUAGGCUUUUGCAUGUUCACAGUUAUAUUCACUUGACAUGAAGUUUGUAUAUAUAUAUUUAGUCUCCAAAACUUAAGUCAUUUUCUGAAAAAAAUAUUAACACUUGUACCAGACCUCCAUUUUGGCCUUUUUUCAGUUCUUGGAAGCAGUAGAAAUCAUUUAUGCUGCUUCAUUGCGCGAUUCAAGAGUAAAGAAAGCUGUGAGAGGAAUCAAUAGGCUGAGAAACAUCAACAUUUGCUUCAUGUUCAUUUAGAAUUUUCAUGCAUAUGUUAAUUAUGAUGGCUGGAAAAUGGGAGUGAGGGUUGGGUAGGGUGACCAAAGAGUGUAAAGAUAAAGCUUUGCUGAAGGUGAUUUUAGCAGAUUUGUUCAUUGCACACAUCUAUGGGGCUCUUUUUUUUUUUUUUUUGUGUACUAGUGAUUGGUUAUAAAGAUGUCUUAAAUGCCUCAAAGAAUAUACAUGCAUGUUUUCAAGACUCAUGCUGAUGUCUGCUGCAUGGCAGAACUAUUCCUUUUCCAGUGUUUCAUACCCAGUUCAGUCAUGAAGACCCCAAGAGGUAUGUUUGAUCAUUUUAUUUAAAUAUCCAUUGUGCUACAGUGUAGAUAAUGUGGAUGCCUGUGCUACAUGCUAUUGUGAUGUGUGUUUCUGUCCAGACCAGUCUAAGAGAAAAGCAGAAUGGCCCAAGCCAUUGAAGAUUGCUUCCAGAUGCAAUAUGAUACUGGACAGAAACAUUCUGUGAUACAAAAAAAAAAAGCUUUAGCUUGCAAUCAAAUGUUCAUGUGUGACCAAAAAUUGUAAGUGAUGUACCUGUUGCAUGUUGGAGUAAUAGCUGCUUGCUCUGAUCCGUGCUCCCUUGUCUAUAUACUUUCUGCCCCCUUUCCCCAUAAUCACCUAAACUAAUAAUAAAUGCAUGUACAAAAAAAUGCAAAUAUUAUGUUAAACAAGAAUUUAAUCGAAAGAUGUAUACAUCACUUGUGUCCAUGUUUAAUCAAAGCAAAUAUGCGACACUGACCAUUAUACUUACAUGCAUAUGUGUGAUCCUAAUGCAUAUAUGUUUAUGCAUAUAUAUAUAUGUCUGUGGCUUGCAUGAACACACAUAAAAGCCCGGAUCUUACACUGUGUGCAAAGAUUCUUUGUUCUGUUCUCUUCACAAUGUAGUAAAUAUUCACAAAUUGUCCCUUUCAGAUACCACAUACUGUUGUCUCAAUUUACAACUGUGGGUUGUUUUUUUUUAAUAAUAAUAAUUGCCAUGAACCUCUUUUUUAAAAUGCUAUCUCCACACUUGAGUACAGCAAGGUUGCUCUUGUGAUUUUGAACAGGCGUUGUCUCAUACCCAGUUUUCCAAUGUGUGCAUGCAAAUGAAUACAAGCAGUUGCAUUUGUACAUUUAGGUACUUACAUUCGUGAACAGGUGUUAAUUGUGCCUCAGAUUUGUUGUUUUAUUUUAAAUGUUAAGUACUUGUUUCCGAUGUUAAAUUUACACAAAAGCCGUGGUAAAAGUAAAAACAGUUCUUUAAAAAUAACCCAACCGAGUGGUUUUUACCUGCAAAUUGGUUUGUUUGUUUUUGUUUGGUGCACAUGUUAAUAUUAUGUUAUUAAUGUAGACAAAAUUUUCUGGGCAAGUUUUUCUGGUCUUGCUUGUCAAUGCUUUUUGAGCUUUGAAGUCUUAAAUGCAUUUCACCAAAUGUUGUACGUGUAUAUUGUUGUUUCUCGACUAUACAAGAUGUGAUGUUUUGUUUCUUUCCCUUUUUAUUGACACAGACCCUUCAGAUAUUAAAGUGACUUGUUUUAUUUUGUACAGUUGAAGUGAAACAGGGUAACUGUUUUUGGUUACUGUCUUAAUGAGAAGGUAAGAACAACUAUAUUUGGUAUAUGGUUUAUUAUAUUCAUUGCUAUUUUUUGAGACUUGAAAUUUUCUCAUUUUAUUUUUUUUUUUUUUGGAGGAUAGGAGAGAAUCAGAUGUAGUCAUGUUAGUUUCCUGAUUUAUUUUUUUUAUUCAGCCAUGAAGAGGUUUAUUUAUUUUUAUAGCACCUGUCUACUGACUAGUUAGUCAUAAAGAGGGGUAUUUAUUUCAAUAGUCAGCAUCAAAAUCAGCUUAUUUCAAAUGUUUGCAUAAUAGUGCAUUUUGUCCUAGCUUUACGUUGCCAUGAAUAGCACCCUAGGGAAGGGAAAUAGAGAUUUAAAUAACCAAUACAGCUGCCUAUCUUUAUGAGUGGUAAGGGGCAAUCAUGAUGGAUGGCCAGAAAACAACUCUUGCGUGCAUUUCAGUUCUUAUAGUUAUUGGAUUUCUAAUGAUUUAUGAGAAGAAAAUGCAGGUGCAUGGAAGAUCACAUAGGUGAUCCUUAUAAAUUCAGCUGCUACAAACAUUACAAAGGUGUUUUCAAUACUAGAGAUAGUUUACUUUGUUUGAUAUUUUUCCUUUGUGGUAAACUGACAUUUUGAUACACCUCUUUCCCACCUACCUUUUAAAAUAAGGUUUCAUUUUUUUGAACAAAUAGACUGAAUGGUUAAGAUCUUUUUGUGGCUUGUCCAGUUCUGAGAUCAUUUGUGGCCUGUCUAAUUUUGAUAUUCAUGUACAAUAAAAAUUGUCUGAAUAUUAA